AUGGCAGACAACGCAGAAGCUGGCGACAGCCCCCAGGAAGUCACCUUCAAGGUGAAGUCCUCCAACGACAAGGUUCACACCAUCACCAUGCCUGAGACAGCCACCGUCCUCGAGCUCAAGACGAAGCUCUCCACUGAAGAGUACGAGAACAUCCCUGCCGAGCGCCAACGCCUCAUCUACUCCGGCCGCGUCCUGAAGAACGACGAUGCGUUGAGCACCUACAAGAUCAAGCCGAACAACACCAUCCACCUCGUCAAAAGCGCCGCCAGCAAUCCCACUCCCCCUUCCGCGUCCUCCUCCACAGCCCCAGCCGUUCCCAGCGUGCCCACAAACAUGGCUGCUGGAACUGCGAACAACCCUCUCGCCGGCUUGACUGGCGCCCGUUUCGCUGGCCACGUUCCUCUGCCUAACAGGUCGAUGUUUGGUGCCGAUGGAGGAAUGGGCGCUCCCCCCAGCACCGACGAGAUUGCGCGGAUGAUGGCCGACCCUGCCGUCCAGCAAUCCAUGAACGCCGCCCUCGACAACCCCGACUUCAUCAACAUGCUCAUUCAGUCUAACCCCACCCUACGAAACCUUCCCAAUGCGCGCGAGAUGCUUCAGUCUCCCUUCAUGCGACAGAUGAUGACGAACCCUGAUAUGAUAAGAAUGGCGAGUCAGAUGCAAGGAGGAGGUGGCCUUCCUUCUUUCCCCGCUCCCGGCGCUACCGACAAUACCCCUGCUGGUGCGCCCGCCUCUGGAGCUCAGCCAGGAGGUGCCGCCCCUGGUGCCAACAACGCCCCGAACCCUUUCUCGCCUUUCAUGUUCAUGCCCUUCCCUGGUGCCCCAGGCGCCCCAGCGACCGGAGCGCAGAACGCCAACCAAGGCACCCCCGCUGGCGCUGGUGCUGGCGCUGGUGCUGGUGCUGGUGCUGGAGCCGGCGCCGGUCAAGCGGCGGCGAACCCUUUCCUUCAAUUCCUCGGACCCGAUUUCGCCCCUGGUAGCGCAGCUACCACCAUGAACCCUGUUGAACGAUCUCUCCUCCAGGACUUUCUUCGAAGUCUUGGAACGCCACCCCCCUCUGCCCCCGCCGAUACUCGUCCUCCCGAGGAGCGAUAUGCCGAGCAGCUUCGCCAGCUAAACGACAUGGGCUUCUACGAUUUCGAUCGAAAUGUGGCUGCUUUGCGCCGUAGCGGUGGAAGUGUGCAGGGUGCUAUCGAGCAUCUACUGGGCGGUAGUUGA